AUGUUUGGUAUAACACGAUGCACACGUCUACGCAUCACACUAUCUAAACGCCACGCAUCAACAUCGCCAAAACCACUUAUAAUAUCCUCAUCCUCAUCCAAAACCUCCCUCAAACAUCCAACAAUAAACGAAACGGUCUCUGCAUCAACCCUCAUCUACAAGCACCCAAACUCGAAAACGUUGAAACGUGGAUACUACUUCGGGGGACUGUGGCUCGUGUUUUGGUCUGUGUUUGGUGUAUUGCAAGGUGUGGAUUAUGAAAAGAGACGGAAAGAGAUGGUUGGAUUUGCGAUAUCGCAGGGGUUGAGUGUGGAGCAUUUGAGAGGCGAAAAGGUCAUACCAUUCAUACUCUCAGGCACAAUGAUGGCCGUAGGUCUCAUGCCUCUCCUCGUUAUCCAUCGUGUGAACUCAAGAACAAUAGAAACUAUCUCAACCCUCCCAAACGCGCACAUCCGCAUAACAACAUGCAACAUAAUCUUCCGCUCCACACUAACGAAACCCAUCUCGCACUGCUCGACAUCCGAACGUGCCAAAACAGGAUAUGGAGAAAACAAGGCACAGAUAUACAUACCGCCCAAAACGAAUUUCUUCUUGCUGCCAUCGAAACUGUUUAAGAGCGGGUAUUUGAAGUUCACGAUACAGGGACGGGUGUGGAAUACGAGUUUGAAGGUGGAUCGAAUGGGGACGUUUCCAAGGCUGGAUUGGUUUGAUGAUGCGUUUUAUAAAGCUGGUGUGAAAUAG